CACAAACACAAACAAAAAAAUAAUAAUAUUCGCACCAUCAAAGUGACCAAGCCAUUGGAUUGUUUCAGAUAGUGUUUGAUAGUGAUUGGUAACAGUCGUUUCGUUCGUUCGCGGUGGUGAUUCAGAGACAGUGAAUUGUUUGUCGAAACAACAAGGAAGAAUGGCAGCAAAUUUGCCGAAAUACAAUGUCGCAGUCAAUUUAAAUACUGACGAUCUAGAUGAAGUAAAAACGUUUUGGAAAUCAAUUUUCCGUGAAGAACAGCCCGAGGACAAUCAAACUUGCCCAAUAUGCAAGAAAAAGUUGGCAUCAGAAGCCAAUCGCGACAAGCACAUUGAACGAAUGCACGGCGGUGGAAGCAAGCCUGCAAAUAAAAAUCGCCAGAAGCCGACAAAGCAAACAAAACGAGGCGCGGAACGUGAGCCCAUAGUGAAUGAAAUGUUGAACAUGUUCACAAACAACGAUCAAGCAAAAGAACCGAACUCAAAACGACCAAAACGUUCUACCAGAACUGUUUUUGUGGAAUUAGAAUCGGACGAUGGUUUGGGCUCUGACACGACAGAUUCGGAAUCAGAUCGUUUGGUAUCGGCUCCAGUGGAAAGGGUCGCGAAUCGAUCAUCGCCAGUAUUACGCAAGUCCACAACAGAUUCGGAAUCAAAUCAUUUGGCAUCGGCACCGGAAGGAAGGAUUUGCCUCCCAGAAUUACACAAUGCAUCAACAUAUUCGGAAUCAAGUCGUUCGUUAUCGGUGCCAGUAGAAAGGAAUGGUCUCGCGAUUCGAUCAUUGCCAGAAUUUCGCAAUACCAUAACUCGCUCCGUACCAUUUCCAGGACUCCAGUCAGAUGUAAGAGUGUCCAUCAAACGUGAGCCGGAUUUUUAGACCGAUAACUGUAUGAAGGCUUAUCUGUCUGAAGUGCGAUUUCAUAACCAUUCAAAUAAAAUACAAACAUACCAAAAGGUAUUUUCAAUAGUUAGAGGCAAAUUGUUUCCAUUUUCAAAUAGCCAUUCAAAUAUUAGAAAAACAUAAUGAUAACUCAAAAUGUCAUGAAAAAACUAUCAGUUC